CCCGGGUAGGGAAUCUGAACGCACCCAUAAACGUGCAUUUGCAUUAUGCAACUGUGCAAUUUUAUUUGGAAAGACCUUUACGUUUUUUAUGUGUUCCUAACCUUAAUUUAGCUUGGAGGUUAGUUCGACAUUGAUCAGCAAAGUUCCGGUUUAAUCGCCGUGGCGUAUAGACGUGUUCGAAAUUUUCAAAGAAUAUAUCGAAGAGAUCAAAUAAAUAUUAUAACAACAUCACAAUCAACGAUGGAAUUCUUAAUUGAGUAAUGACGUUGGAGCUAUAACCUUUUGAGGUGUUUUUAAGCCAAUAUUAAAGGAAGGAAAGAAGGACAUUGAUCAGCUGAUAUUAUGUAUAAGUGAAAGGAACAGAAAAUAAAUAGAAAUUAAAUGUAAUUGCUAGAAUUUGUUGCAAAAUGGAUGUAAUUUGGAAUAAAUAUAAGUUACAGCAUCCGCCGUACUUAACUUGGUGUAUCAACAAAGAUGCAUUUGAUGUUAAGAAAUUUCUAGCUAUGAUUAAUAGAGCAAUCAGGGAGCUAGAAUCAAUAACUAUUCUUGAUCUGGAAGCUGCAUUUUUAAGUCGACUAAUUUAUCGUAUGAAGAACAAGUUUCGAAGUGAUAAAGGCUUAAAAAGUAUGGAGAAAGUAAAUAGAGCUCUACUUAACUACUUGAAUAUGGCUUUGGUUGAGAGUUAUAAAGAUUUGAAGUCUUACAUUCAUAUAGAAGAUAAAAUGCUCACUUUACCAAGUAGACAAUUAUUGGAAUAUGUACUUGUGAGAACACAAGGUUUUGCAAAACUUAUGGAAAGAAUAGAACAGGUUGCAAGAUACUCUGGACAUUUUCUCAAAACUAGAAUUGGAUUAGGUCAUGCAUGGAGCAUUACUUUAAUUGCUUAUGCCAAUGUUAGCAGGAUUUGGUUCUUGUCAAGACAAUUAAUUAGACAGUGUUGUGUAUGGUACAAGGAAUUAUAUCAAUAUGUAUCUAAGCUUCAGUAUGUUGGUUUACCUUGGAUUCCAGAGAAUCAAUCCUUGCCACAUGAUUUAGAACAAUGGCUUUCUAUAGAGUGGAUGCAUAAUGAAAAUAUACACACCUGUCAUAGUGAUAUCUGGGAUGAUACGAUAUUCAAACUACUUAGUAAAUAUUCGGCUGAAUGUACAGAUGAAAUAACUAUUAUUCCUCAAUAUAGUGAAACAUGUGAAUUGAUUGGUACAUCGCAAAAAGAUAUUUCGAUUCAUCAUAUAUCAGAAAAUAAAACUAUAUCACACAUAGAUAUGGAUGAUGUUGGAGAAGUGAUAAAUCGAGAAGCUUUCGAAGCAAGUCUGCCGAAGGUACAUGAACGUGACACUAAAACUUUCUCGAUAAAAAAACGCAAACGUGCCCAUAUCAGCGAUGAUGUGAGAACGAUGGAAGAAUUAAAAAAUAAGAGAAAGAAGAAAGGAACAAUAUUGAAAGACACAGUCGAGGUCAAAUUGAAUAGAUCGAAACGACGAAAGAAGCAUAAAGAAAAACUGUUCAGUAACGCAGAUAUCUACAAGACAGUUGUUGCGCCUAAUGUAAAGGUAACGAAUAAAAUGAAAAAACAAAAGAGAGAACUUAAAGAAAAAGGUAGGACAAAGAAAUUCUAAUCGUGUGUGUAAAUUUAUAAAUGUAUACUAUAUGCAUAAUGUAUAUAGUAUGUAUAUGUAUAUAAUUUAAAAAUCUUAUAGUUUUGUAUUAAAAAACAAAUUUCUACAGAUAUAAACAAUUGAAAUCGUAUUUCUAAUAAAAAUAUAAUUAUUUGUAUGCAUGUGUAUGCAUUUGUGUAUAUAUGCGUGCCUGUUGCCGUUUUACUCUUUCAGCGAGUUUAAAUAAUUGAAGAUAAUGUAAUAAUAUAUGCAUUUUAAGGUGACGAGACACCGAUAUAAAAUCGGGCGAAAGUAAAAAAAAAAGAGAAAUUUUUCUAUCGUAAUCAAAGAAUCGUAGCCAAAUGUAUAUGCUGCUACGUAACACCUUUAAUUUCACUUAAGCGGCAUCGACAAGCGAAUCAUUACAAAAGGCCGAGGAAAAAACAGAGGCGACAUCGGAAUGUCUUUAAUCGAACGGCGCGAAAUAAAAUAAGCAUUGAACGAUAA